AUGACCCGAAAUAUUACACCCGCAAUUGAAAACUGGGGUUCUAAGAUGACUGGCUGUCUUAGAACCUAUUCAAUUAUGAAACAAGAAUUGAAUAGAAUGAUGUCCUGUAUAGACUUGAACGAGAGGUGGUUUGAUGCUGUCAAAGAUGGAUUUUUCCGGUUCAAAGACGCUGACUACUUGCAGUGUUUUUGUUGUGGACUUCAAAUCGCGUUCGAAUUUCUGGACGAAGACGUUGUAGCUCUUCACGCUAGCUUCAGUCCUUCUUGUAGCUUUGUACUCAAGAAAGAACCCAACUUGAUGCACAGGAUUGAAGGCGAUUUACAUCGAUAUAGUGAUGCGGUGCAGAUGCAAGAGAUAGAUGAUGAAACGUCUAUAUCUCUACCGAUAUCUUCUCUUGUCCGUUCAACAGAUGGACAAAUACUUCAAGUUUUCUCGGAGACAAAAAUCCUUAAUCCAGAGAAAGUUUUCCAGCUUUAUCAACUAAGGAUAAAUCGUCACUGGUCAUUCGCUGGAUCCAGAUUGACUCCAAGGCAGAGGGAUUGGUUCGUCGAGAGUGGAUUCUUUUGGACCGGUUCAAAUAGAAUAGUCCAGUGUGCUUUCUGUCGGUUGGCUAUUGAUGGUAAGCUGAGUAAACUUCCAGGGGAGGUUCAUAACCAUUUUUCUCCAGAUUGUCCAUACGCAAACAAGGAUAGUUACGAGGCCGAGAGACACCUUUGUUGUGUUUGUCUUUUCAAGACAACACAAGUUUUAUAUUCACCAUGUAAUCAUUUAGCUGUCUGUUGUAGCUGUGACAGCACUUUGAAACGACUUGGGCAAGAAAGUUGUCCAAUAUGUCGUCGAAAUGUCCAAUGUCGGAUCAAAGUGAUCAGACCUUAA